AUGUCGUCCAAAAAAAUGUCAUCCUGGAGACGUUUUGUUGAUUUUGUAGGUCUAAUGAAACUUGACCUUUGCCUAUUACUGUUUGGUAUUGCCAAUAAUUUACAAAAUGUUACUGUUGUACAACUUGCUGAGGAUAAAAAGUGCAUUAAUGAUUUGCAUUUACCAGCUAAAUAUUGUUUAAGUGUGACGGAGAAACACAGUACAGGAGAAAACGCUUACAUGAUUGUUGUUCAUGCUUAUUAUAUCAAAUAUUGGCAAUUUUACAUCACAGACAUACCAGGAACCAUUGUGGCCGCAUUUUUAGGAUGUUGGCUGGAUAAAUAUCCUCAUCAUCUCAAAUUUAUGGUCUUAAUAGCCUUAUGCGCCAAUACACUUCAAUCGAUUAUUUUGCUUGUAAACGCAUAUCUAUUUUCACUCAGUUCAUAUUUUAUUUUAAUCACUUAUGUACCAUUUGCAUUAGGAGGAGGAAUGUUCCUGAUUUAUGGUGCUUGUUAUACAUACGUUGCCUGGUCAACUCCACCGAAGCUGUUAAUCGUUAGAUUUGCUAUUAUGGAGUUUGUCAGUAUGAGCGCUGGCUUUAUUGGUACAUAUAUCAGUAGACAGGUUCUGAUGAUGAAGCCGUGGGUUGGCGGUCAAGCACGUAAUUAUAUUGGGCUUCUAAGUCUGUCAACAAUCCUUCUGUUGAUAGCAAUGUUACUUGCAAGUAUUUUCAAACUGAAAAAUAUGCCCGUAGCAACAUCUGAAAAGUAUAGAAAUAAAUUCUCGAAUGUGUUUUCCCCCUUUUUCAAGACACGACCCAAUGCUGGACGAGCUCGUCUAUUAUUACUUGUAUUAUCAGGAAUUCUAUGUUUAGGUGCAUUUCAUGGUAAAGAAACGUAUGGCUUGCGGUACGCUGAGCUAAUCUAUGGUUGGUCAGCUCAAAAAUAUUCAACGAUGCAUUCACUGUUAUCGAUUAUUCCUGCUCUAGCAACCUCCCUCGGUCCUUUUGUAUUGAAAACAUGUCUUGGUUUGUCUGAUCCAAUAAUAGGAAUUCUCGGGUCUCUCUCUGUUGUCGCCAUGAACUUCAUCCAUGGAGUCGUCUUGACUCCAUAUGGUUUCACCUUUACAUAUAUAGCUGGUGCACUUCAUAGGAUUUCAAUUGCCGCCUUCUUUUCUUUGAUUGCAAACAUGAUUGAUUCCAAUGAAGUCGCUAAAAUAUUCACAAUGAUUACCAUCUUUGCCUCGUAUGGUGCUUCGUUUUCAGCCUUUAUGUACAAGGUAACGCUUAGCUUGACCAUCAAAAGUAACCCGGGAUUGACAUUCAUUAUUGCGGCAAUCAUUUUAAUCAUUCCGGUUGCCACUUGUGUUUGGCUUGAAGUUACUCGAUCCAAAUGGGAACCCAAAGUAUCGACCGAGAAAGACAAUAUUUAUGGAGAAAAAUCACUUCCAAAUAAUGCAACUAAUACCAAUCUUCACUCACCUAAAGUAGGUUGGGUAAAAAUGGAGAUAAUUUCAAUCGCUAAUGAUUCGAAUAAAUCUUCAUCAUAAAAUUUCAAACUUUGUGAGUUUGUGUUUAGAAUCUGCUCUAAUCUCAUUGUAUUUGCUAUUUUAAAUUGCAAAGGUGAAAAUUAAGGACUUAGUUCAGUUUAGGUCAUAGUUUAGGACUUUUCUCAAUUGUACAUUCACACAAUUUGUCAAUCAUCUAACGAAGUCAACUUUUUAUAAAAAAUUUAACAGCACCAUCUUUAAUAAAGAUCAAGAAUUAAUUAUCAGCU